UGAUAACAAAUGCUGCCUUGGAGCUUCACCUUGAUGCGAACCCACAUGCAUGGGUUCCCUUGAGCUUAUAUACACGGCUUAGCUCUUACAACAGCCACUCAGUAGCUCUCGCCAUGUUCAUGCUCCGCAACCUCAGUAAAUUCGUCUUCGGCGACAGCUCCAAGGAAACCAUCGUCGAGAUCUCGCAGGGUCAACUCUACCUCGUCCGCCCGCGCUCCGUCAAGGGCUACUCCGAGCUCAUCUUCAAGGACGCCGCUGCGACCAUACGUCGCACCGGGCAGGAGUUUCAAUACCAACUUGUCAUCCAGCGCGCAUACGAGGAAGGCGAGGAGGACCUUCUGGCGGAAGAAGGCGGCGAGGACGCGGUACUCGACACACUAGCUGGCGAAAAGGACGAGAAGACGUUUCUGUUGGACGAGGACCUCCAGUUCCGGGACGACGUUCGCUCGACUGGCGAGAAGAUCUUCGCGUGGCGCGACCUCAGCGGUGACGUAGACGAUCUUUGGGAGUUUGUGUGCGACGCGUCGGUCAAACCAGAGACUGCUGCGCUCUUUGAGCGCGUUGCUUUGCAGUGUCAGUACGAGAGAAAGUACAGAAGGAGCCACGAACACGCGACCGAAGACGACCUCGAAGCUCUUGCGUACUACGAAGAACCUAUCCCCGACGCAAGCCCUGUUGCUAGCCCGACUCGCAACUCUCUCAUGCUACCUGCCGCGCCCCCGACGGCCGAGGAGCUCUUCCCAAAUACAACCAAGGAAAACAUGGUGAAGAAGGUCGCAGGUAAGGGCAAAAGCCCGCAGGCGCAAGAAGACCCCACGGCAGCGCCGCCAUCUGCUGCGCAGCCAGAGGUUCUUGAGACACUGGCAGAAGGUGUAGCCGAACUUCACUUGUUCGACUUCCCCUCUGGCACAUUCAUUAAGCAGGAUAGCAAGGUGCUCGCCACAGUGACGGAGAUUGGGAACUGGAACUACUGGCUGCAUAUUGCUGGCGAGGAGCGGGAAUGGCUUGGCCAACCAGUUGUAGAGGACAUAAACCCAGUCUUCAAUUACGAGUUCAAAUCCUUCAUCUUCAACCACUAUCUCGAUGACGGCUCGGCAUACUCGUGGCUUUUGCGAUUCAAUGACCAGGAAGAGCUGGAGAACCUACAAAACGGUGUCAUGCAAGCCUUAUGGGAGCACUUGAACAAAGUCAAGUGGCAGAAGGCCAAAGACACAGAUCGGGAAUAUGUUCUCGAGGCGUUUCAAGACCUUACUAUGGAAGACGCUCCAGAGGACGAGCAGGAAGAGGAGGAAGAGGACGAGUACGAAAGCACCAAUGACCAGCGGAGCGAGCACUACGAUUCAGACGAGUCCGAGGAAGACGUCGAAACUGGUCCAAAAGAUGGUGCCGAAAACUCCCAACUCGCUGUGGGCUACAAACACGACAGAUCGUUCGUUGUGCGAGGCAACAAGAUUGGUGUCUUCAAGCACACUGAUGAUAAUCAGCUGCAGUUCUCAACCACCAUUUCGAAUGUCAGAACACCAAAGGGCAAGGCCUUUAACCCUAACAAAGUUAUGCUUCACCAACAAGAUCAAGACAUGAUCUUGCAGAACCUAGACAAUCCCAAUGCGCUAUACCGGAUGGAUCUCGAGACUGGUCAGGUUGUAGACGAGUGGAAGGUGCACGAUGACAUUCCAGUCAAGGUGUUCGCGCCAGAGAACAAAUUUGCCCAAAUGAGCGGAGAGCAGACUUUCUUGGGUCUGUCAGGCAACGCCCUUUACCGAGUUGAUCCUCGCUUGGCGGGCAACAAGCUCGUCGACGACCAGCUCAAGCAAUACGCCACCAAGAACGCUUUCUCGGCCGCUGCAACGACCGAGAAAGGUCACAUCGCGGUCGCGUCCGAGAAGGGAGACAUUCGGUUGUUUGACAGGCUCGGUAUCAAUGCCAAGACACUCAUCCCUGCGCUUGGUGACCCUAUCAUUGGCAUGGACGUAUCGGCGGACGGUCGAUGGGUCCUCGCCACUACUAGGACCUACCUUCUCCUCAUCGAUGCCCUCCAGAAGGGAGGCAAGAACGACGGCAAGCUCGGGUUUGAGAAAUCUUUCGCGAAGGACGACAAGCCACAACCACGACGUCUCGCGCUCACGCCCGCGCACGUCGCACAGUUCCAGCAUGAGACUAAAGCACCUAUAUCGUUUACGACUGGUCGAUUCAACACUGGACUUGACGAUAAAGAGACUACCAUCAUCACUGCUACAGGCCCCUUCAUCGUUACCUGGAGUUUAAAGAAAAUACUCGCCAACCGCAGAGAUCCGUACAGCAUCAAACGUUACGCUGAGGAGGUCAAGGCGGAUAACUUCAAGUUUGGCUCUGACAAGAACCUCAUUGUGGCGCUACCAAAUGAGGUUGACAUGGUCGCUCGGCGUGCGUUGCAGAAGCCAACGCGUGAGAGUAUCGCUACGCCUAGCAGAGUGGGUGCGAAUAGACGAAGCGGUGUGCGAGGGAGCUAUUUAGGUAGGAAUGAUAUCGUGAACAGCCCGUACUAGGUGGUGGUUAAUUACAUUUUUUUUGGCUUCAUCUCGACUAGGGACAGGAGGAAUAUAAUGGACGGAUGAACGGCGACGGGAAGCUCGACCAGCGACACUAGGAGUGAAACCUCGACACUGGCGUUUCGGUUUCUCAAUUGAGUAACGCAGAUCAAUGUAGUGACAUAUGUAGUAUUGGCACCUGAUUCCCCUAGAUACAACGACGAAUGAAUGAUGAUUGUGAUUC